GCAGAAGACAGAGACAGAGACAGAGACCGACAGAGAGGGCCGGGAGUAGGUGAUGGAUCAAACCAAUUGAAAUCCAGAAUUCAAUUCCUCGGCCUCUUCGCUUCGAACUUCGCAUCUACAAGGUAGUAAAGAGAUCAGGUGGUGUCAUUGACAUAGACUUCUGAGAUAGCUCUGCCCAAUCAAACCUAUCCAGGAUGAUGGAAUCGAAUGGGGCUUCAUCAGAAGGGAGACUUAGUUUGAGAAGUGAGUCCUUCUCAGACGCAAAAGACCUUGACCUAGUUCCGGAGACUGGGUGUCUCUCCAUUGUUGUGCUUGGUGCCUCCGGUGACCUUGCUAAGAAGAAGACAUUCCCGGCACUUUUCAAUCUUUUCCGGCAGGGGUUCCUUCAACCAACUGAAGUUCAUAUUUUUGGGUAUGCACGAACAAAAAUAUCAGAUGCUGAGUUAAGAGACCGCAUACGUGGGCAUCUCAUCAAGGGGAAGGCAGCUUCCUCUGAUCUCUCUGAAGACGUAUCAAAUUUUCUGGAAUUGAUCAAAUAUAUUAGUGGUUCUUAUGAUUCUGAGGAUGGCUUUCGCCUUUUGGAUAAGGAAAUUACUGACCAUGAAAUCUCAAAAAACAGUCAAGAAGGAUCAUCCCGGAGACUUUUUUAUCUUGCACUUCCUCCAUCAGUAUAUCCGUCUGUUUGCAAAAUGAUCAGGAAUUGUUGCAUGAAUAAAUCUGAUCUUGGUGGAUGGACUCGAGUUAUUGUUGAGAAGCCUUUUGGAAAGGAUUUGGACACUGCGGAGCAGCUUAGUGCACAGCUUGGGGAGUUAUUUGAUGAACAGCAACUUUACCGUAUUGACCACUACUUGGGAAAGGAAUUGGUGCAAAACUUGCUGGUACUUCGUUUUGCUAAUCGCUUCUUUUUGCCUCUGUGGAACCGUGACAACAUUGAUAACAUACAGAUUGUCUUCAGGGAGGAUUUUGGAACUGAAGGACGUGGUGGAUACUUUGAUGAAUAUGGAAUCAUCCGUGACAUCAUUCAAAAUCAUCUGUUGCAGGUCCUCUGCUUGGUUGCCAUGGAGAAACCUGUUUCUCUUAAACCUGAGCACGUCAGGGAUGAGAAAGUGAAGGUUCUUCAAUCUGUCGAACCUAUAAAAGCAGAAGAUGUGGUCCUGGGACAGUAUGAAGGGUACAAGGAUGAUCCAACAGUUCCUGACAAUUCUAAUACCCCAACUUUUGCAACUGUUGUUUUGCGUAUACACAAUGAGAGAUGGGAAGGUGUCCCUUUUAUAAUGAAGGCAGGCAAAGCAUUAAAUUCAAGAAAGGCAGAAAUUCGCGUUCAGUUUAAGGAUACACCUGGUGAUAUCUUUAAAUGUAAAAAACAAGGGAGAAAUGAGUUCGUGAUACGGCUGCAACCAUCAGAGGCCAUGUACAUGAAGCUUACAGUCAAGAAACCUGGACUGGAAAUGUCAACCAUUCAGAGUGAACUAGACUUGUCCUAUGGACAACGUUAUCAAGGGGUUCCAAUUCCUGAGGCUUAUGAGCGUUUGAUUCUUGAUACAAUACGGGGGGAUCAGCAGCAUUUUGUUCGGAGGGAUGAGUUGAAGGUUGCGUGGGAGAUAUUCACUCCAUUGCUGCACAAAAUUGACGAAGGGGGGGUGGAGCCAAUUCCAUACAAACCAGGCAGCCGAGGUCCAAUGGAGGCAGAUGAGCUUUUGGCAAAGGCUGGCUACGUGCAAACACAUGGUUAUAUUUGGAUCCCACCUACAUUGAAUUAACUUAUAUCUGGGUGGUUUAGAUGAAUAAUCUCUUAUCAACGGUUGCUUAAGUUGGAUUGAGGGCACAGCUUUAGAACACCUGUAUGGGUAGCAAUGCAGCAAAUAAGCCCACGCCCUCUCUGGCAAAUAAUUUCUCCCCUGCUUUGCAUGCCAUUUCAACUCGGUAUACAAUAGUAAGCGUGAUAUAUAUUGUUCAUUGGGAAGAAUUGUUUAUGAUGUUUAUAUGUAAGAGAGUUACUGUGUGCAAUGACAUUUUGUAUUUGAGGAACUGCAAAUGAGUUUUUAUCUUCA